AGCUGCCGGGUCUGUCGGUCGCUCGCGGCGCUUGACGGAUGGAGCUGGCUUGAGUGGGACUGAGCGCAAAGAUUCGACGAAACUGGAAGAAAUUAGUGGGGUUCGGUCUGCAAUGAUUGCUGAACAGACAGAGAAUGGAGAUCAGUCAACGAAGUCGCAGAGCAAAAUGCUGAUCAACCAACUGCAGGAAAUCACCGGGAUCCAAGACCAACAGGUUCUCUAUAAAGCUCUAAAGGCCAGUCAUGGAGAUGUUGGACAUGCAGUUGGUCUGCUAACAACCCCGACUGUGGGGGUUCAGGACCCUGGAGAGCCACAGGAAUCAGCAACACCUGGACUGCCCAAAGAUGAGUUGCAGGCCGCCAUAGAGCUGAGUCUACAGGAGUCCCACAAGGCCCAGGAAGAAGAGCGAGAAUUACACAGGGCUUUGGAGGCCAGCACAGAAGAAAAUGCUGCAAGGAUGAAGAGGAAGAGGUGUGAAGCUCAGAGUGAGAUGUGCAGUCCUGCAGACUGGAUCCGUCAGGAUGACUGGCCGGUGGGAAUCCGCAAUGUGGGAAACACCUGCUGGUUCAGUGCUGUCAUCCAGUCACUUUUCCACUUGCCUGUUUUCAAAAGACUUGUCCUCAACUACCAUCUGUCAGAGCGAAUCCUGGAGAAGUGUAAGAGCCACGCGGACAAAAGAAACAUAGCUUUCAUGCAGGAGCUACGCUGCUUGUUUGCCCUCAUGGUAGGCUCAACCCGGCGGUUCGUGGAUCCUUCUGCCGCAGUGGAGCUGCUGCGAGAUGCCUUCAGGACAAGUGAAGCCCAGCAGGAUGUCAGUGAAUUUACCCACAAACUGCUCGACUGGCUAGAGGAUGCGUUUCAACUGGCAGCAAAUGGAACAAGUGCAGAAGACAAGCAGCAUAACCCCAUGGUUCAGCUUUUCUACGGCACUUUUGUAACAGAGCGGAAAUGUGGUGGUAAAACAUUAUGUAAUAUUGAGCAGUUCGGCCAGUACCCUCUGCAGGUGAACGGCUUCAACAACCUUGAUGAAUGCCUUGAGGGCGCCAUGGUUGAGAAAGAAAUUGAACCUUUGCAUUCAGAUCACAGCGUCACACCUGGGCGUGAGAGAUGGUUCAAAAAGCUACCACCAGUUUUGACUUUUGAACUUUCUAGAUUUGAAUUCAACACUCAGCUCGGUCGUCCUGAGAAGAUACACAAGAAGUUAGAGUUUCCACAAAUCAUUUACAUGGACAGAUAUCUUCAUAAAAAUCUUGAACGGACGAAUGAAAGGAGGGGAGAAGUGAAAAGACACAAAGAACAACUUGCAGCUCUUCAACAGAAACUGGAGUGUUAUAAAAACUUUGGCUCAGGACCUGUCAAAUAUCCCCUGGCUGACAUGCUUCAGUUUGUUCUGGAGUUUGCUACUACAAAACCCACGAGUGUCUCUCCAGCUACUGAGGAGAUGAGACUAUCUACAGCCUCGCCAACUCCUCCUGCUAGCUUCCCCCACAGUGAAGCCGUACCAAGAGACAGUAGUGACCCAGAGGAGACUGAUGAUGGUUUGGCUUGUGGUGUUUCCAACUGCCAACGAACACCCAUCUACAAGCCUUUUACCCAAUGCAGACCCCCCAUUGACUGCCCACCACACCCUGCACCUCACAGCAUCACUGAGGAAGAGCUGCACUUUGUUAAAACCUGCCUGCACCGAUGGAGGACAGAAGUGGAGAACGAAAUAAAUGAGCUAAAGGCCACCAUUGAGAAGGUCACUCAGACCCUCGAGGGCAUUUACUCUGACAACAGUCUCUGUCAGGUACCAUACAGACUCCAUGCAGUACUUGUUCAUGAAGGUCAGGCUUCAGCAGGUCAUUACUGGGCUUACAUCUAUGACCACGCUAACCAGCGUUGGAUGAAGUACAAUGACGUCAGCAUCACAGAGUCAACGUGGGAGGAGCUUGAAAGAGACUCUUUUGGAGGCAUGACCAAUGCCAGCGCCUACUGCUUGAUGUACAUCGAUGACAAGUUGCCCCACCUCAUUACAGAAGACACAGACAAUGAGACAGGCCAGGUCCUCCAUGGUAUGGAUUCCCUACCAUCCAUCCUCAGGCGCUACGUCCAAGAAGACAACCGCUGGUUCCAGCAGGAGCUCAGCGAGUGGGAGGAACAGUACUGCCAAACCGCCACCCCACAGGAAGAGUCCGCAGUCUCUGUCGAUCCUGCAAGCUCCAGUUUGGAAAAAGUGCAGCUAAUGCCUGUCGAGCCUCAAUUAGGAGCUCCCGCUGAAAAGUUGGACCAAGAAGCUGCUUCUAAGCCUCAGCCAAAUGCAGAGGCCCCAAAGGACCCAGGGACAGAUCCUGGAGAGCAACCUGAAGAAGAAGAAUCGGCAAAAACACCAACAUGUGAGAGUCCUGGCUGCCAGACAGAGGACACCAACGCCACAGCAGUCACUGACACCCCGGAUUCAAGCAGCAGGUUGAACUCAGACCAGGAAAAACUGCACAGUCAGACUCCUAACCAUGAUCCAGAGCUCACUAAUCAGCCACCAUCAAACCAAGAUGUCCAAAAGUAUGACACAGAGGUGAAGGCCCUUACUUCUGAGGGUGACAAUGAAUCGAAAGCCUUUAGAAAGAUGACAGAUCAGGAGGACGUGCAAGGAGGGGAGCAGGAAGAGCCACAGGAAGACCCGGUCAGGCAGCGACAGCCGGAGAAUGAGGUGUCAGAGGUGGAGAUCCCUAAUGUGGGUCGAAUCAUGGUGAGGGCUGAUGCUGAUGGAUACAAUGAAGAGAUGAUGCUGACUCCAGCCAUGCAGGGCGUCAUUUUAGCCAUCGCCAAGGCUAGACAAAUCUUUGAUAAAGAAGGCCCAGAGGCUGGCCUCAUCAAGGCCUUUCACGAGGAGUAUUCCCGCCUGCAUGAGCUCUCCCAGGAAAAGACCACUCCGCAGGACGACGCUCGUCUGCAGCACGCUUUGGUCUACUUCUUCCAGAACAAAGCGCCCAAGCGCAUCAUCGAGAGGACGCUGCUUGAGCAGUUUACUGACCGCAACCUCAGCUUUGAUGAGAGAGCCAUCAGUAUCAUGAGAGAAGCACGAUCCAAACUUCGUCUCAUUAAGCCAGAAGAUAUGGACAUGGACGAAUACCUGGAGUGGCAUGACGACUACAGGCUGUUCAGGACGGUGUUUGUCCAUCUGCUGACCGGUCUGGAACACUACCAGCAUGGGAAGAUGCAAGAAGCCUUGAACUACUUGUCUCACGCGUAUGAAACCAACAACGCACUGAUAAUUAAAGGGGAGAAGCGUGGAAUGGAUAAAUCUCUUAUCGCAGUUUACAGGAGGAAGUGUUUAAUGGCUUUGAACGAGAGCGCGUCACGGCUGUUUCGCAGUGGCGAGGAAGGCAAAGUGAAGGAAGGUGUUUCCAUCAUGGAGGAAUCCGUUAUUCCUUGUCUUCACCUGAUAAGCCGGGACACAACCGUGUCCCAAGAGGACCGGGAUGCUAUGGAGAGUGUCCGCAGUCACUGGUGCUGCUGCCUGGGCCAGGACAUGGAUGAUUCACUGCAGGUAAAACUGGGGGAAUUGCUUCCCAGAGUUCUGGAUGGUUCUGCUGAGACGGUAGUUCUUAAAGAUCCACCCAAAGUCCACGUCAACCAGGCCCACGACCUGUGCAGCCGGCUUGCUGCUGUUAUGGAGUCCAUUCACAAAGCCACAAUAGUAACUGUGACGUAAAUGAAACCACACAGGAGCCUCUCUGAGAUGGACGGCAUCGCUAUGAGCAACUUUUCAAGUGGAUCUUUCAGUUUUGAUAAGACCUUAUUAAAGCUGGUUUACUAUUGCACAUUUCUAUAAAUAUGAUGUGUUAACAUGACAAGCUCCAGGCUGACAUUGUGUGUAGACGGGAUCAGGCAGAGCUGUCAGCGCUCAUUCCAACAGCAUUACCAUGUUGGGAACUCAAAAGACGUGGGGAAAAAAAUAAGAUUUUGUGUCGUAUGUCUGCAUUUCUGUUUGAUCGUUCAAGUGUUCUCUCCAUUUACCCACCUUUUGUAAAAAAAAAAAAAAAAAAUUAAAAAAAAACUUGUCAGUGACAAAGAAGUACUUUUAAGUUAUAUUAUUUAACUGUAAGAACUAUAAAUGACAAAAUAUCGGCCAACAACCACAUUUUACACACAAGAUACACGUUUUUAACCAUCGAAACAAAAUUCUUACCUAUGGCGCUUCAAGGACAAAUCUCUUUAUACUUUAUGGUGAGAAACACUGAUGGUGAAUAGAAAAAAAUGUUUUCAUGUCUUUGUACAAACCUAAAAUAGAAAUAAAUCAAAAGAAUAAAAAAAACAAGAAUAGAAUCAAGUUCUACACAGCUUUUAGAUUGAGAUGCUGCUCUUAUUUUAGUACAUUUGUGCACUUAUUGUCUGAUGACAGCUCUGCUGCAAAGCCCUGCAGGAAAACAUGUCUUGGUCUUUUAUUUUUUGAGUGAAAGAGGAAAUAAGGAAAUACAUUUUUCCUUAUCGUGUCCCAGAGACGUCCCAUUUUGAUUUCUGAACGGGGAUUUUCAGAGCUGGAGAAUAAAACUACUGCAACAGCCUUUAGUUGCUGCUGAUUUCACGUUUACGCUUUCUGUCGUUAAAUGAAAUAAAUGUUUCAAAUGA